AGUCCUCGAUCAAGUCUAAGUGGAAGCACUGCUUACGCUGCCGACGUCGCACCUCUUCGAUGGUUUGGCCUACUCGCUGGAGACGCAACGAAUGUUGACUGGAAGUUCAACCCCAUGUCGCCUAGCCUUGUUACAACACAAGAUAACACCCCUAGCAAUCAAGCGCAAUACACCAGUGGAAACUCCUUCUCCCGCCCUUCAGGGCUUAUUCAAGGAUCAUACACGCCUUCUAUCAUCCCUCAGGAAGUAGUCACCUUGUCGGAUCUGGAAGUCUCUCUAUUUCAAUACUUUGUCACACAUUUCAGCCGCUGGAUUGAUCUUACAGACCCCCAUCGUCACUUCUCGGUCAUGGUGCCGCAUAUUGCCCUGCGCAACCAAGGCUUAAUGAAGGCCAUACUAGCGCUUUGCGCCAGGCACCUGUCAAUAAAACCGCUACCAAACCUGGCUUCUGACCGCACACUUGCAGUGCAAUACUACUAUGAGACACUCCGAUACCUUCAGCGGGCCAUGAAGAGUGAGGCAUAUCUCCGCAGCGAAGAGCUUCUAGUCACGUGCUUGAUAAUUAGCACGUAUGAGAUGAUCGAUGGAGAGGGCCAGAGUUGGGAGCGACAUCUUAGGGGCAUUUUCUGGGUUCAGAGAUCUCGCGAGAUCAACGGUGAAUCUGGAGGUCUGAAUCAGGCUAUCUGGUGGGCCUGGUUACGUCAAGAUGUUUGGGCCGCCUUUCGGGAAGGCCGCAAAGUACUGAGCUUCUUCAAGCCUACAAAGCCGUACUACGCAAUGGAUCACUGGGAUAUCGCUGCGAGAUGUGUCUACUUGGUGGCCCAGUGUGUCAACUACAGCUCAGAGCAGGAAGUUGAAGCCGGUAAGUCUGACCUGAUCAUGCGACUGGCCAAAGCAGAUGAGUUGUCAACGAAGCUGGAAGACUGGUAUCAGCAUCUGACCAGCCAUUUCAAUCCUUUGCCUUGUUUAAAUACCUCCCAAGGGCCAUUCAAACCCAUUUGGAUACAUCCUCCGGUGUUUGCAGCUGGCUUGCAACUCUACCACUUUGCAAAAAUUCUCCUACAAAUAUGUACUCCUGCCGCCGGAGGAUUGAAAGAAUACGUGAUCAGAGAGCGUGCUCUCAAUGAGUCGAUCGAUGUGAUUUGUGGGAUCGCUCUGGCCACGGAGGACGACGCGGCUAUGGUCAUCUCUACGCAGUGCGUCUUUGCUGCAGGUCUACACACACAAGACCCAGUCAAAAGGACCGCCAUCCUCAGCAUGCUCGCGCAACAUCAAAAUCGUACUGGCUGGCCUGUCAACGAUCUUCGUGUAGACUUGGAGUUGGAGUGGACCAAGACAGAGAAUUCAAGAUGA